AUGCGGCUCGCCCCGGCGGCGCUGUGCGCGCUGGCCCUGGCCCUGGCGUCCCCGGCCCGGGCGCGGGUGGUGGGCCCGGAGGAAGCGGGCUUCGCCGCCUGCGACGGCUUCUUCCUGGCCCGCGCGCCCCCCGAGGGCUUCCCCGGGCCGCCGGCGCACGUGAAGAUCUGCCAGGUGUACAAGGGGGAGCCGCGCUUCGCCACCCUCUACAGCACGCGGGACAAGGCCCCCCUCUACGCCGCCUUCGCCUACACCCAGGCGGAGCCGUCGCCGGGCGGGGAGGAGAGCUGGCUGGUGGAGCCGCAGAUCGAUGAUCCUAAAAAUGGCCUGGAAGGAAUGAUGCCAGAAGCUGAGGUCACAGGUUCAGUGGAGAAUUUGGGGGAAAACCAGGCCCUCACUGCAGACUACACAGAUUCUGGCUACAAGAGAGAACAUCUCAACCCCAGCUCUCUCCAUAAGGGCGACCACCAGGCAGCCACAAACACAUUGACCAAUGCCAUCCCCGUGCCCUCAGCAGUCCAGGAAACCUGGGACUGGGAAGUCAGCAACCUGGUCAGCCGCGGCCUGGCUCCUCACUGCGAAAAAGGGAAAAACCUCUACCUCAUUUCAGGAGCGGUUCCCUCCUCUGUCAAAGCCAAGGACAAGAUUUCCGUCCCCGAGGCUCUCUGGCUGGCGGCCUGCUGCGAUGACGGCUCCAAGUCCUGGUCCAUGGCGUUCGAUAAACCAGUGGCUGCUGGGAGCCGUCUGGAAGAGCUGACCUUGAAAGAGCUCGAAAAGAAGCUUCCGGAAGGGACCCAGCUGUUCAAGGACCACUGCAGCCAGGACAGAAGCGACCCGAAGGCACUGGAGGUGGUGCAGCGGUCCGUCAAGGAGAUCCAGCAGGAGGAGCCGAAAGCGAAAGAGUGCCCUUCACCUCAGCAGACCACCGACGACACCGAGGAGGGGGGCGGCUUUCUGCGAAAGCUGUGCGGUUUCUUCAUCACGCCUAUCUGCAAGCUGCUGCAAUACAUCUGCAGCUUCAUUUGGCAGCUCGUCCGGCUGAUCUGCAGCAUUGUGUGUCAGCUCGUUCAGAAUCUCGUCCAGGCCGUCUGCACUUUCCUGUCGGGGAUCUGUGGCGUCCUGGUGAGCAUCUUUGUCAACCUGGUGCAGGCCAUCCUCUGUAUCCUGAACGGCAUCGCUUCGAACAUCUACAGCGUGCUGAUGCUCGUGUACCGCCUUCUCAGCAUCCCGCUUAAUCUGCUGGUGGAUAUUGUGUGCUUCCCUUUCUACGUCCUGGGUGCCAUUCCCCAAGUCCUCCAUGACAUCGCUUCAGGCAUCGGCGGGAUGUUUUUGCUGAUCAUUGACGCCAUCACCAACUUUGCCAAGGGCCUCAGUUACAUCGCUUCUGCUUUACUCGGGAGGUGUUUGCCCAAAACGUCUCCCGAGCUCUAA